UCAUGACCAUCUUCUCCUCGGAGUGCUUUUCCAAAGGGAUGGAUUUACUUUGAAGAGAAAGAAGCGCCAACUGGAGCCAGAGAGCGGCUUGUCCUGGGACGGGCGAGGCUUGGGCCAAGCCGGGUGCUGGCGAGAGGAUUUUCUAUCCAGGAGCUUGUCAAGAAAAUGUCAAGAGUGGGCCUUCUUGGGUUGGUGGUCAAGUUCUAACCUAUCGGUACCAUGGCUACAAGUGCUGUUCCAAGUGAAAACCUUCCCACGUACAAGUUGGUGGUGGUCGGAGAUGGGGGUGUGGGGAAGAGUGCCCUCACCAUUCAGUUUUUCCAGAAGAUCUUUGUGCCAGACUAUGAUCCAACUAUUGAAGACUCUUACCUGAAGCAUACGGAGAUAGAUGGGCAGUGGGCCAUUCUAGAUGUUCUGGACACGGCAGGCCAAGAAGAAUUCAGCGCAAUGAGGGAGCAGUACAUGAGGACGGGGGAUGGAUUCCUCAUAGUCUACUCAGUCACAGAUAAAGCCAGCUUCGAGCAUGUGGACAGGUUCCACCAGCUCAUUCUCCGAGUCAAAGACAGGGAAUCUUUUCCAAUGAUCCUGGUGGCCAACAAAGUAGACUUAAUGCAUUUGCGAAAAAUCACACGGGAGCAAGGAAAGGAAAUGGCAGCAAAGCACAAUAUUCCAUAUAUAGAAACCAGUGCAAAGGAUCCCCCAUUGAAUGUUGACAAAGCCUUCCAUGAUCUUGUUCGAGUAAUCAGGCAACAGGUCCCAGAGAAAAGUCAGAAGAAGAAGAGGAAGACCAAGUGGCGUGGGGACCGAGCAACCACCUCCCACAAACUGCAGUGUGUGAUUUUGUGACUGUCUCUCCUAUCUUUCUCUCAAUCCAUUCCAACUUGAACCUAAUUUGAAACUCAAAAGGAGGAAGCGGGGAGAAGAAUCCAGCCUUGAAGCCCUGUGCCACCUAACUGCAACGUAAUGUUUCGAGAACGGCAAUCCUUGCACGGACGGACUCGACGGGGAGCAGAACCUCAAAGGCAUUUUUGAAGCUCAGCCAAAAGGCUGCUUGACAAACGACACAGGGUGG